GGGCUUGCGAAUGUGAACAUUUUAUUCAAAUUAUGUUAAAAAAAUUCUGGUCCAUUUUCUCUUUUUCCAUCCACAAAGUGGCAGCCACAUAAAAAUGCACCAGUGUAGUGUAAUAAUAUGAGGUUGUUAAACUGUAUGAUUGUGUAAAAGUCAAUAUCCAGGAUAUACGCCGAUAUGUAAUGAAAUUGGCUAUUACAGCAAUGUAGACAAGGUAAGUAGCGAGGAUGGCAAACUCGCAGACAUUAACUUGACAGGUCAUCGGGUUUGACGACGAUUGCUAAUAAGGAGUGUAUAAAACUUGCAUCGAACCAAUGAAGUUGGAAAUAAAUUCUCUUUCCCAAAUGCCUUAUCACUAAAUAAUCCCUACCCCACAUGGCGAUCCUGCCACCCAAAUCGAAGCCUGCCACCCAAAACGAAGCUCAUGAGCAGUUAAAAAUAUUUUAGAUAAAUUAAGUUAAAUAGUACGUACAGUGAACGAUGUGCAACUCCCAAGUCAACAGGAGAAGAGAGGAAAUAAUUAAUGAAACAGCAGGGUUGGGAAAAAAUGAUCUGAAGAAGAGCGAAAUCGGCAAAGGAUUAGGUGAUCCCGGAUUCCCACCCCGGCCAUCCACACCAUCGAGGACCACGAAAAAGGAGCACCGCUAAGUGAUUCGCGAACGCGUGUGUGAAAAUAAGUGUAGAAAUAAUGCGGAAGUUUGCGAGGUGCGAAAAAGAUGACUUUAGAGAGAGCAGUAGAAUCCUUUGGAUCUGAGGAGAAACAUUUUUUAGGUAAUUUACAUAAGGACAAUGAGGAUUGCAGGAAGGAUCUUGCCGUUAUUAACAACGCAGAUGCGCGGAGUCUGUUUCGUGCAGACUGUGGAAUAUUCUCAUAGAAUUGUUUUUGACGCUAAUAAAAAACGCGCGUCGGAUCAUCCAACGCCCGUUCAAAUUCGCUCGUAGCGAACUUCGCUGCUGCUUGCAGCACAAAGCGAAUUAGCUUGGAGCGUGGCCCUCGGAAAAGAGUUGCAAUUAAUGAAACCACAAGUAACCAUUGGCGAAAUGAAAACCAAAUUUCUCUCCUUAAAAACUACAUCUUUGGUAGAAUAUCGUAAACAACAACGAUCACAUUGUUCUGGCGCAGGGGAGGAUGGUUAUACUCCAAGCCUCUGGUACUAUGACAAAAUUAAAUUUGUGUUAGAACAUCAAACACCUCGUCAAUCCUAUGAUAGUUACAGUCCCGAUGAUGUAUCAUCAGAAUCACAAGCGUCAAUCAUAGAUGAUGAUGCGCAAGAUACAAUAGCAGAAGAAAUAGAUCAAACACAAGAUAAGGAUAAUACAUUCAGAGAAACGUAUGAGAUUGAUGAAGAUGAGACGUUGAAUUUACUUACCCGUACCCCUAAAAGACCAGCACCUACAGUAUAGGUCCGUUCGUCAUCAAAAAAUAAAAGAAAAGAGCAACCAGAAAUACUGAGCAAGGUUGUAGGGACAAUGGACAACCUGACUAACGUUAUAGCAGAUAAACGAAGAUUGAAAAAAGAAGAAACAAAGUCAAAGCAUAGUAUUUUUGCAAGCUUUGUAGCAUCAAAGCUUUGUGAAAUGAAUGAAGACAUUGCAGCUGAAGUAGAGGAAGAAAUUACUAAACUUCUAUUCAAAAGAGUA